AACUCGCUGCCAAAAAGAGCGCCAACCUAGAAUGAUUUAUCGCAAUUAAUUAAUAACUCAGUGUCUUUAUUGUGCAUUUAUCUUACAUAUGAACACACCAGAUCGUGUCUAGUAACGUUACCGGUUUUCUUAAAUAAAAAAAUAUAAACUAAGAUUUUUGCAGAGUUCACCUGUUUGUAAAGGUGAAAUAUGUCUUCUAAGAUUCUUCUGACUAAUCUACGAACGACCGCAAACUUCUGCAAAACACAGCAUUUUCUGCAGAGACCCUGGACUCCUUUCAUAGCUUCUCGACAGAGUUGUGCCGUUCAUGUGAAUAGCCCACCCAGCAUCCCAACCCUGACUACCAGUUAUGUUCACGGCACCUCCUCCCAUUCACUGCUCUCUAGUACUGUGGACCAGUGUCUUCAGCGCUCAGUGGAGCGUCACCCUGACCGUGAAGCUUUGGUUUUUAUGCAAGAUAACAUUCGCAAGACUUUUGCUCAGUUCUACAAAGACGUGGAACAGACUGCCGCAGGUCUACUGGCUGUUGGACUGAAGAGGGGCGAUCGCUUGGGGAUGUGGGGACCGAACAUCUAUGAGUGGGUACUUAUGCAGUUUGCCACAGCUAAGGCAGGGAUCAUUUUGGUUUCGGUGAACCCGGCUUAUCAAUUGCAAGAGGUGGAAUUUGCACUCAGAAAGGUGCAGUGCAAUGCAGUUGUUUGUCCAACACAAUUCAAAACCCAAAGGUAUGGUGACAUGUUAAGGCAGCUUUGUCCGGAGAUGGAGGCAACCUCUCCUGGAGGAAUCAAUAGCUCAAGACUUCCAGACUUACGCACUGUGAUCAUAACUGACAGUCAGCAGCCCGGAGCUUUCCAUCUGAAAGAUGUGAUGCAGGCAGGAGGCAGCCAACACUAUCAACAACUAGAAGACCUGCAGAAGAAACUUAGUUGUGGUGAUCCCAUAAACAUUCUGUUUACUUCGGGAACAACUGGAACACCCAAAGGAGCCACUCUGUCUCAUCACAACAUUGUGAACAAUGUUUACUUCCUCGGCAUGCGUAUAGGCUUCAACUGGAAGAAUAACGUGCGAAUCUGCUUGCCGGUGCCAUUGUAUCACUGUUUUGGCUCAGUGGGUGGCGGUAUGGUCAUGGCUGUGCAUGGCUCCACAGUGGUUUUCCCAUCCACCGGGUAUGAUGGACAUGCCAACCUGGUGGCGAUAGAGAAAGAGAAGUGUACAUAUGUAUACGGCACCCCUACAAUGUUAAUUGACAUGCUUAGUCAACCUGACCUGGCCAAGAUUGAUUUUUCAUCAAUUGAGGGUGGUCUUGUUGCGGGGUCUUCUUGUCCACCUGAGGUCAUCCGUAAGGUCAUCAAUGCCACGGGUGCUAAGGAAAUGCUGAUUUUGUAUGGCACAACUGAAAACAGCCCUGGGACAUUCUGUGGCUUUCCGUUUGACAGCAUGGGGCGAAAGACAGAGACUGCUGGAUGUAUUUGUCCCCACACUGAGGCAAAAGUAGUGAACCCUACUACAGGAGAGAUCGUACCUCUGGGUGCUCAAGGAGAGCUGAUGAUCAGGGGAUACUGUGUGAUGCUGGAAUACUGGAAAGAUGAUGAAAAGACCAAGGAGAGCAUCACAAAAGACCGCUGGUACAAGACUGGAGACAUUGCCAGUUUGGAUGGGUACGGGUACUGCAAAAUAGGAGGACGCAUCAAGGACUUAGUUAUCCGAGGAGGAGAAAAUAUCUACCCUGCUGAAAUCGAACAGUUUCUGCACACACACCCUAAAAUUCAAGAAGUACAGGUGAUUGGAGUGAAGGAUGAGAGAAUGGGGGAGGAAGUUUGUGCUUGCAUUAGGCUCAAGACUGGUCAGGAAUGCACUGCAGAAGAGAUCAAGGCCUACUGCAAAGGAAAGAUUUCUCAUUACAAGGUGCCACGCUAUGUGACAUUUGUUCAGGGAUAUCCUCUGACUGUCACAGGCAAGAUCCAGAAGUACACACUGCGUGAGCAGAUGGAAAAACAGCUUGGACUGUGAUCGCUAAAGCACCUGUGGUAUUUUUUUUUAACAUUUACAAGCAGGAUAUCGACCUCUGGACUUUAUGAGUUACUCGAAUUUCAUUGUUUAACAAACCAUGUUUAGCAUUAAAUGUUAU